CAGCAGGCAACACUAGCCGCUUGGUGUCUGGCUUUGUAGGGAGAUAUUUUGUCCCGUAUUGAUAUUAUUUUUAUGUAAAGACGAAGCUUUUAGUGUUUGUUUGACAUAAAUUGGUAAAUUAAUCUAUAUUAUAUUUUAAAUAAAAAUAACGUAUGGAAAUUUCGGUGGACAUUUGUGCGUAAUUAAUUUUUUGUGACAAUGUCGCAAGCCGAAGAGCCAAUGGAUACAGCAGAUGUGGGCGAAAAUUCUAAUGCCUCUUCGAGUGAUACUCCGUCAUCCAGGGGUAAGGAAGGAGACUUCGAAAGUAAGAUUGAAACUGAUCGCUCUAAAAGAUUCGAUUUCUUACUGAAACAGACCGAGAUAUUUUCUCAUUUUAUGACCAACUCUAAUAAGUCGGGAAGUAGUCCACCAAAAGCUAAGGCUGGCAGGCCCAAGAAGAUCAAAGAACCUGAAACCCCUAGUGCAGGAGACCACCGCCAUCGAAAAACAGAGCAAGAAGAAGAUGAAGAACUCCUUGCUGAAACUAACAUCAAGCAGAAGACGAUAUUUCGCUUUGAGUCAUCCCCACACUACAUCAAGAAUGGAGAAAUGCGGGACUACCAAGUGCGAGGGUUGAAUUGGAUGAUUUCACUUUAUGAAAAUGGUAUUAAUGGAAUUUUGGCUGAUGAGAUGGGAUUAGGAAAAACAUUGCAGACUAUUUCUCUUCUUGGGUAUAUGAAACAUUUUAAGAAUGUGCCUGGACCUCAUAUAGUUAUUGUGCCAAAAUCAACACUUACAAAUUGGAUGAAUGAAUUUAAAAAAUGGUGUCCCUCUAUCAAAGCAGUGUGUCUUAUUGGUGAUCAAGAAACUAGGAAUAUAUUUAUUAGAGAAACACUGAUGCCUGGUAACUGGGAUGUGUGUAUAACGUCAUACGAAAUGAUUAUAAGAGAGAAGUCUGUGUUCAAAAAGUUCAACUGGCGCUACAUGGUGAUAGAUGAAGCUCACCGCAUCAAGAAUGAAAAGUCUAAGCUCUCAGAACUGCUUCGUGAGUUCAAGAGCAUGAAUAGACUUCUGUUGACUGGUACGCCGUUACAGAACAACCUUCAUGAGCUAUGGGCUUUACUCAACUUCCUCUUGCCUGAUGUAUUUAAUAGUUCUGAUGAUUUUGAUGCCUGGUUUAACACAAAUGCGGCUUUAGGCGACAAUCAGUUGGUGUCAAGGUUGCAUGCAGUUUUGAGACCAUUUUUAUUGCGACGUCUUAAAGCUGAAGUAGAAAAGAAACUGAAACCCAAAAAGGAACUUAAAGUGUAUGUGGGCUUGAGUAAAAUGCAAAGAGAAUGGUACACAAAGGUUCUGAUGAAAGAUAUUGAUGUAGUAAACGGCGCGGGUAAAGUGGAGAAGAUGCGGCUGCAGAACAUCCUGAUGCAGCUGCGCAAGUGCUGCAACCACCCGUACCUGUUCGACGGCGCCGAGCCGGGCCCGCCCUACACCACGGACGAGCACCUCGUGUACAACUGCGGCAAGCUGGCCAUCCUCGACAAGCUGCUGCCCAAGCUGCAGCAGCAGGGCUCGCGCGUGCUCGUGUUCUCGCAGAUGACGCGUAUGCUGGACAUCCUCGAGGACUACUGCCACUGGCGCCAGUACAAGUACUGCCGCCUCGACGGCCAGACGCCGCACGAGGACCGCAACCGCCAGAUCGAGGAGUACAACGCGCCGGGCAGUGAGAAGUUCGUGUUCAUGCUGUCCACGCGCGCCGGCGGGCUCGGCAUCAACCUCACGUCCGCCGACGUCGUCAUCAUCUACGACUCCGACUGGAACCCCCAGAUGGACCUGCAGGCCAUGGACCGCGCGCAUCGCAUCGGACAGAUGAAGCAGGUGCGCGUUUUCCGUCUCAUCACCGAGAACACAGUGGAGGAGAAGAUCGUGGAGCGAGCAGAAGUGAAGCUUCGCCUGGACAAGCUGGUGAUCCAGUCGGGCCGCCUGGUGGACAUCAAGAACCAGCUCAACAAGGACGAGAUGCUCAACAUGAUCCGUCACGGCGCCAACCAUGUCUUCUCUUCCAAGGACUCGGAGAUCACUGAUGAAGAUAUCGACUCGAUUCUGGCCAAAGGAGAAUCAAAGACUGAAGAACUAAAGCAAAAGCUGGAGAGUCUCGGCGAGUCGUCGCUGAGAGCGUUCUCCAUGGACACUCCGGGCGCGACCGAUUCCGUGUAUCAAUUUGAAGGGGAGGAUUACAGAGAAAAACAAAAAAUAGUUCCGAUCGGUAACUGGAUCGAGCCUCCCAAGCGCGAGCGCAAAGCCAACUACGCCGUGGACGCGUACUUCCGCGAGGCGCUCCGCGUGUCCGAGCCCAAGGCGCCCAAGGUACAGGCCCCGAGACCGCCGAAGCAGCCCAUCGUUCAAGACUUUCAGUUCUUCCCGCCGCGGCUUUUUGAGCUGUUGGAUCAAGAAAUAUAUCACUACAGAAAAACACUUAGUUACAAAGUACCACGAAAUCCUGAGUUGGGUCCGGAUUCCGCAAAAAUCCAAAGGGAGGAACAACGCAAGAUAGACGACGCUGAAGCUUUAACUGAAGAGGAAGUACAAGAAAAAGAACAACUUUUGACACAAGGGUUUACAAAUUGGACUAAACGCGAUUUCAAUCAGUUUAUCAAAGCAAAUGAGAAAUAUGGCAGAGAUGAUAUCGAAAACAUUGCAAAAGAUGUGGAAGGCAAGACUCCAGAGGAAGUUAUGGAAUACUCUGCUGUAUUUUGGGAAAGGUGUCACGAGCUUCAGGAUGUAGACAGAAUUAUGGGUCAGAUCGAGAGGGGGGAAGCGAAGAUACAAAGGAGAGCUUCGAUUAAGAAAGCGCUGGACGCUAAAAUGGCGCGAUACAGAGCACCAUUCCAUCAGCUAAGAAUCUCAUAUGGCACCAAUAAGGGAAAGAAUUACGUCGAAGAAGAAGAUAGGUUCCUGGUGUGCAUGCUGCACAAGCUGGGCUUUGACAAGGAGAACGUGUACGAGGAGCUGCGUGCGGCCGUGCACGCCGCGCCGCAGUUCCGCUUCGACUGGUUCCUCAAGUCACGCACCGCCGUCGAGCUGCAGCGCAGAUGUAACACGCUAAUUACGUUAAUCGAAAGAGAAAAUCAAGAGUUAGAAGAAAAAGAAAGAGCAGAAAAGAAAAAGAAAAGUGGAAACGCCAAUCAGAACACUCCCGGCGGCAAUGCGACAGGCAAAGGCGCGAACGCCGGAAAACGCAAGGCCGACAAUACUCCUGACACCGCCCAAAAGAAUAAGAAAAAGAAAAAAUGAAAUCCGGUUCCUCUCUACCCCUCCAGAAUCACUCGGGCGGCCGUAGUACGAAAGUAACAUCAAUAGAGUUGAUACUGAAAUAAUAAUAAUUUGUCCACUGGAAGACCUGUCUUCUGAAAGAUCGACUUGUACCUCAAGUAUUACUCAUAAUUUAAUAACUAGUUAACAUUCCCUUUUUACGAUAUUUCAUAACUAAAUGAUGGAUGUGUUGUUUGAUUGUGGAACAGUAAUAAAAGUCGAGAUAAUUUUAA